CGCGCUCCCCCCCCGCCGCCAUGCGCGCCCCCGCCGCCUUCCUCCUCCUCCUCCUCCUCCUCCUCGCCCCGCUGGUGGCCGGGCCCGGGGGAGCCGCCUCCGCCGCCGCCCCCGACGCCCCCCAGGGCUGCGCCCGAGGCAGCUGCUACCCGGCCACCGGGGACCUGCUGGUGGGGCGAGCCCAGCGGCUGAGCGCCUCGUCCACCUGCGGGCUGCGGCGACCCCAGCCCUACUGCAUCGUCAGCCACCUCCAGGAGGAGAAGAAGUGCUUCGUCUGCGACUCGCGGCGCCCCUACGACGCCCGCAGCAACGCCGACAGCCACCGCAUCGAGAACGUGGUCACCACCUUCGCCCCCCGCCCCAAGAAAGCCUGGUGGCAGUCGGAGAACGGUGUGGAGCACGUCAGUAUCCAGCUGGACCUGGAGGCUGAGUUCCACUUCACCCACCUCAUCAUGACCUUCAAGACCUUCCGCCCCGCCGCCAUGCUGGUGGAGCGCUCGGCCGACUUCGGGCGCAGCUGGAAGGUGUACCGCUACUUCGCCUACGACUGCGCCGCCGCCUUCCCCCACGUCCCCCGCGGGCCCCCGCGCCGCAUCAACGACGUCGUCUGCGAGUCCCGCUACUCUGACAUCGAGCCCUCCACCGAGGGGGAGGUGAUCUACCGCGUGCUGGACCCUGCCAUCCCCAUCCGCGACCCCUACAGCCCUGCCAUCCAGGACCUGCUGCGCGUCACCAACCUGCGGGUGAACCUCACCAAGCUGCACACGCUGGGGGACGACCUGCUGGACUCGCGGCGGGAGAUCCGGGAGAAGUACUACUACGCGCUGUACGAGCUGGUGCUGCGCGGGAACUGCUUCUGCUACGGGCACGCCUCGGAGUGCGCCCCGCUCAGCGGGGCCCCCACCACCGCCGACGGCAUGGUGCACGGGCGCUGCGUCUGCAAGCACCACACGCAGGGCCUCAACUGCGAGCGCUGCGAGGACUUCUACCACGACCUGCCCUGGCGCCCGGCCGAGGGCUCCAGCACCAACGCCUGCCGCCGGUGCGACUGCAACGAGCACUCGCGGCGCUGCCACUUCGACAUGGCUGUGUUCCUGGCCACGGGGAACACCAGCGGGGCCGUGUGCGACGGCUGCCAGCACAACACCAUGGGCCGCCGCUGCCACCUCUGCAAGCCCUUCUACUACAAGGACCCCAGCAAGGACCUGCGGGACCCCGCCGUGUGCCGAGCCUGCGACUGCGACCCCGAGGGCUCCCUGGACGGGGGGCUGUGCGACGGCGCCGACGACCCGGCCCGGGGGCUGAUCGCGGGGCAGUGCCGCUGCAAGGAGCACGUGCAGGGCCCCCGCUGCGACCGCUGCAAACCCGGCUUCUUCGGGCUCAGCGCUGCCAACCCGCAGGGCUGCCAGCGGUGCCGGUGUGACCCCCGCGGCACGGUGGCGGAGGGCGGUCGGUGCGAUCCCAUCAGCGGUGACUGCCUCUGCAAGCGGCUGGUGACCGGGCGCAACUGCGACCAGUGCCUGCCCGAGCACUGGGCUCUCAGCCACGAUCUCCAGGGCUGCCGGCCCUGCGACUGCGACGUGGGAGGUGCUCGUGACAACCUGUGUGCCAUGGAGACGGGGCAGUGCCGGUGUCGCAGCCACGUGGUGGGCCGGCAGUGCGGGCAAGUGGAGCCUGGCUUCUACCACAUCAACCUGGACCACUACACCUACGAGGCUGAGGAUGCCCGGCUGCACCAGGGCUCAGUGGUGGAGCGUGAGCCUCCCGCAGGCCGCCCGGCUUCGUGGACAGGGACAGGCUUUGCCCGCGUGCAGGAGGGCAGCUGGCUGGAGUUCCACGUGAGCGACGUGCCCUUCUCCAUGGAGUACGACGUGGUCGUCCGCUACGAGCCCCAGCACCCGGAGCCCUGGAAGGAGGUGCGGGUGAGGGUGCUGCGCCCCAGCCCUGUCUCCGCCAGCAGCCCGUGUGGGAACACCAUCCCGGCUGAUGACCAGCUCUCCACCAGCCUCCCGUCCGGCGCCAGGUACGUGGUGCUGCCCCAGCCCAUCUGCCUGGAGCGGGGCGUCUCCUACACCCUGCGCCUGGAGCUGGGCUGUGCCACAGCUCGGCAGGACUCCACCGCGAGCGUGCUCAUCGAUUCGCUGGUGCUCCUGCCCCGUUACUCCUCCCUGGAGAUGUUCAUCGCGGGUGACCCCGGCGCCAUGGGACGCCGGGAGACCUUCGAGCGGUACCGCUGCGCUCAGCACUUCCACGCCGUGGGGCAGGCUCCCGUGGCCGAGCCCUGCUCCAGCCUCCUGCACAGCCUCUCGGCCAUCCUGCACGACGGGGCGCUGCCCUGCCUCUGCGACCCCCAGGGCUCGCUCAGCGCCGAGUGCCGGCCCCAGGGCGGGCAGUGCCGCUGCAAGCCCAACGUCGUGGGACGGCGCUGCCACCGCUGCUCCCCAGGCACCUUUGGCUUCGGGCCCGGUGGGUGCCGAGCCUGCCAGUGCAGCAGCGAGGGCUCGGUGAGCACCGUGUGCGACAGCACCACAGGGCAGUGUCCCUGCCGCGAGGGUGCCCAUGGCUCGCGCUGCGACCGCUGCCAGCCGGGCCAUUGGGGCUUCCCCGCCUGCCGGCCCUGCCAGUGCAACGGGCACGCCGAGGACUGCGACCCCCGGACGGGCAGCUGCCUGCGCUGCCGCGACCACACGGACGGCGAGAGGUGCCAGAGGUGUGCUGACGGGCACUUCGGGAACCCGGCGCUUGGCUCCGGCCAGCACUGCCGUCCCUGCCCUUGCCCCGAGGGGCCCGGCAGCCCCCGGCACUUCGCCGCCUCCUGCUACCAGGACGGGCGCUCCCGGCAGGUUGUCUGCCACUGCAGCCCUGGGUACACAGGUCCCCGCUGCGACGAGUGCGCGCCCGGGUACUACGGGGACCCGCUACAGCCCGGGGGGCGCUGCCUGCCCUGCCAGUGCCACGAUAACAUCGACAUGACGGAUCCGGAGGCGUGCGACCGACGCACGGGACGCUGCCUGCGCUGCCUCUACAACACGGCAGGGCCCCACUGCGCCGAGUGCCAGCCCGGCUUCUAUGGGGAUGCCGCGCGGCACAGCUGCAGGCGUUGCUCCUGCAACGCGCUGGGCACCGACCCCAGCACCUGCGGGCCGCAGCACUGCCAGUGCGACAGGCAGAGCGGGCAGUGCCGCUGCCUGCCCCACGUGGAGGGCCAGGCCUGCGACCGCUGCAGCCCCAACUUCUGGAACCUGGGCAGCGGGCAGGGCUGCGAGCCCUGCGCCUGCCACCCUCAGCACGCCCUGUCACCCGCCUGCAACCAGUUCACGGGGCAGUGCUCGUGCCGGCCGGGCUUCGGGGGCCGGACCUGCGCCGACUGCCAGGAGCAACACUGGGGUGACCCGCGGCUGCAGUGCCGAGCCUGCGACUGUGACCCCCGCGGCAUCGCCAGCGCCCAGUGCCACCGCGGCAGCGGGCACUGCGACUGCCGGCCCGGCGUCUCGGGCGUCCGCUGCGACCAGUGCGCCCGGGGCUUUGCCGGCACCUUCCCCGCCUGCGAGCCCUGUCACCCCUGCUUCGGGGACUGGGACCGGGUGGUGCAGGACCUGGCUGCCCGCACCCGGGCGCUGGCGCAGCGGGUCAGCCUCCUGCAGCACACCGGAGCCGCUGGUGCCUUCGAGGGCACCUUCCGUCGUCUUGAGGAGAGCCUGGCCACCGUGCACGCCGUGGUGGCCGCCCGCAACGCCACCGCUGCCACCGCCGCUUACCUGACGCACGCCACGGAGGAGCUGCGGCGGCAGAUCGGGGGGGCCACGGAGAGGCUGACACGGCUGGAGGGGGAGCUGACGGCAUCGCAGGACGCCAACUUCAAAGCCAGCCACGUGCUGGGCACCGUGGACCGGGGCGCUCGUGUCCUCAACCACAGCCUUCAGGAGCUGGGGCAGCGGCUGCACACUCUCAAGACUUCCAAUUUCCUCGGUGCCUUCGACAGCAUCCGUCAGUCUCACAGGGAGUCGCAGGAGGCCGAGCAACGCGCGGAUGCCUCCACCCGCGCCGUGCCCAGCCCCGUCAGCGCCUCGGCAGCCAUGCGGCGCCGCACUGAGCAGCUCCUGGCCAGCCGGCGCGACAAUUUCAACCGGCAGAACGCGGCCAACCGGCGGGCGCUGACGGACCUGGCGGCGAGGGCACGAGAGCUGAGCUUGCACCCCCUCAACGAGAAGGUGUGCGGUGCCGCAGGCGACGUGCCCUGCUCUGAGAGCCCCUGCGGGGGAGCCGGGUGCCGGGACGAGGACGGGACACGGCGCUGCGGGGGGCUGAGCUGCGGCGGAGCUGUCUCCAAGGCUGACAGCGCGCUGGACCGAGCACGGCACGCCCAGGAGGAGCUGCGGCGGGCGGCCGGCGAGGUGGCCCAGCUCUCCCACAGGGUGGCUGAGGCCAAGGGGAAGGCGGAUGAAGCCCGGCAGCGAGCACAGGCAGCCCUGGACAAGGCGAACCAGACCAGGGCCCGCGUGGAGCUCUCCAACAAGGAACUGCGGGAGCUCAUCAGCCACAUCAAGGCCUUCCUGAGCCAGGAGGGGGCUGACCCCGAGAGCAUCGAGGUGGUGGCCAGCCGGGUGCUGGAGCUGUCGCUGCCUGCUUCGCCGGCCCAGAUCCACCGCCUGGCUGAGGAGAUCAAGGCGCGGGUGCGCAGCCUCGCCAGCGUGGACGCCAUCCUGGAGCAGACAGCUGGCGACGUGCGCCAGGCCGGGCAGCUGCUGCAGGAUGCCCAAAGGGCCAGGUUGCGGGCGGAGGGCGUGCGGGGUACAGCCGAGGCGGUGCAGCAGGCGCUGGAGGACGCGCAGCGAGCCCAGGGCACGGCCAAGGAGGCGCUGCGCAGCGCCACAGCCGACAUCCAGCACAGCGAGAGCACCAUUGGCACGAUGCAGGCGCAGGCGGCAGGCGUGGAGCAGCAGCUGGCCGCCGCCAUGGAGCGGGUCGGUCUCCUGGAGGGACAGACAGACGCCCUGAAGGUGAAGCGUGCCAACAACAGCCUGGCGGCCACGCGUGCCCAAGAGGCAGCCAGCGUUGCCCGGGACCGUGCCGGCGAGGCCAAGCAGGUGCUUGAGGGGCCGCUGCGGGACCGGUACCGGGCGGCGCAGGAGCUGGUGCAGCACCGGGCGCAGGGCGCGCGGCAGGCGGGCGACCGGGCGCAGCAGCUGCGUGAGGAGGCUGCAGGGCUGCUGGAGGACGCCCAGGGCAAGCUGAGGAAGCUGCAAGUGCUGGAGAAGAAGUACGAGCAGAAUGAGGUGGUGCUGGAUGCCAAGGCGGCCCAGCUGGGUGAGCUGGAGGCCAGGAUGAGGGAGGUGUUGGCCACCAUCAACCAGCAGGUCCAGAUCUACAACACCUGCCAGUGAUGGAUGCCCUGCCACCCACAGCCCUCUGCUGCCCCUGCCGUGGGCACCCCACGUGUGAAUAAAGCUACUGAGCAAGA